AUGUCUUCUCCCCCAGCACCAAGCAAGAAGCAACAGAAACAAAUCAACCUCCUCCGCGGCUGGCCCUCCCCCGACCUCCUCCCCGCACACCUCCUCUCCUCCGCCGCCCAGCGCAUCCUGUCUUCGCCCGUCACCAGCGUGCCCCUCCUGCAGUACGCGCCCGACGAGGGCUACCAGCCGCUGCGCGAGCGCCUGGCGCAAUGGCUGGGCCGGCACUACGGCGUCGAGCCUGACGCGAACCGGAUCUGCGUCACGGGCGGCGCGAGCCAGAAUUUGGCUUGUAUCCUGCAGAGCUUUACGGAUCCCAAGUACACGAGGGCCGUGUGGAUGGUUGCGCCGUGCUACCAUUUGGCCGGUGCCAUCUUUGAGGAUGCCGGGUUCCGGGGGAGGUUGAGGGCUGUGCCGGAGGAUGAGGAGGGGGUUGAUCUGGGGCAGCUGGAGAGGAGGAUGGAGGAGUGGGAGAAGGAGGAGGAGGAGGAGAAGGGGUUUCGUCCGGAGCCCUUCAAAGACCCAGGCCCCUUUCGAAAGCUCUACCGCCACAUCAUCUACGCCGUGCCAACCUGCUCCAACCCCUCCGGCAAGACAAUGUCGCUGCACCACCGCCAGGCCCUCGUCCGCCUCGCCCGCAAGCACGACGCCCUCGUCAUCAGCGACGACGUCUACGACUUCUUGCAGUGGCCCCUCUCCUCCUCCUCCUCCUCUUCCAGCGGCGGCCGGCCUCUCACGCCGGAACGCCCGCCAGAGAUGAGGCUGCCGCGGCUGUGCGACGUGGACAGGGCCAUGGGCCGCGCGGACAACGACCCGCGCGGCUUCGGGCACGCGGUGAGCAACGGCUCGUUCAGCAAGAUUGCCGGCCCGGGCGUGAGGACGGGGUGGGCGGAGGGGUCGGCCGCGUUCGCGCUGGGCUUGUCCAAGACGGGGUCGAGCAUGUCUGGCGGUGCGCCGAGCGGGCUCUGCGCGGGGAUAAUGGCUGAUUUGCUGGAGACGGGGGAGCUGGUUGAGUUCAUCGAGGAGAGGACGAGGCCUGCGCUGCAGAGGAGGCAUAGGAUCAUGAUGGAGGCGGUGAGGGAGUAUCUGGGGCCUCUGGGGGUGGUGGCGCGGGAGUCGAGUGUGAAGGGGGUUGAGGGUGGUGGUGGUGUUUACGGGGGGUACUUUGUUUGGCUUACGUUGACGAGGGGCCCGUUGGCGGUCAUGGUUUCGGAUGCGGCGCUGAAGGAGGAGAAUAUCAUUGUUGGGAGGGGGGAUAUGUUUGCUGUCAAGGGGGAUGAGGCGGCGGCGAGGUUUGAUGAGAAUAUCAGGCUGUGUUUUUCUUGGGAGCCGGAGGAGGAUCUGGUGGAUGGCGUCAAGAGGCUGGGGGAGCUGAUUCGGAGGAUGCAGGGCAACUUGGAGCAUUAUGAGAGGCUGGCGGCUGCGGUCAAGGACAGUGAUCGUCCAGUGAGCAGUUGGGUAUGA